CCAUGGAGCUGAUUGACAACUUCAUUCCUCCCCGCCUCGAUUUCAGCCGGCCAGUCAUUGAGGCGCCAGCGCCCGAGGCACCGGCUACUCCUCAACGAAGCCGGGGACAAUUCUCUUCGGCUGCCGACGUGCUCGCUGCGGCGUCAAUGGCCGCUGCCAAGCAGAAGCCCGAGGAAACGGCCAUCCACGGCUCCGUGUCGACGUCGGACAUUGCAUCGAGCAUCAAGGCUAUGCUGGCGGACAACGAGGAGGCGUCGCGCGUGGUGUUGUCGGAAGCGGAUGUGCACUUUAUCAGCGGUACGACGGGCGAGGACACGGAUCGCGUGAAGCAUGUGGGAGAGUUUGAGGUGGAGAUUAAGAUCAAGGGCGCGGACGAGGGCAUCAAGCGACGGGUGCGGGUGAAGGCGGCGGAAUAGUGUUGUACGUGGAGAUGUACGGCGGAGGUGCCACGGGGAUGAUAUCAGAGUGAGGAGGGAGAUCGGAGUAUGGUGAUUGGCGGAGAUGAAACAUAUAUGUGGAAAAGAUGGAAGGUUGUAGAAAGAAAGCCGAACGAUGAAAGAAAGACAAAGACAAGACAUCCGAGGCAGCGCGAAAAAGGCCGCCCGACACGCAGUAUGUACUUAGGGUAGCUAGACCCUUGAAACGAGGCUUGCGGAUUAUUGCGGUCAGG